AUGCCUUUGCCGUCCACCGAAGGUUGGUUAAAAAUUGCGAGCGAAUUUGAAAAAACUUGGAAUUUUCCAAACUGCGUUGGAGCAAUAGACGGUAAACAUAUUAUUGCAAUUCAAUGUCCCCCAAAUGCAGGAUCGGCGUACUUUAAUUACAAAGGGCACCACUCCAUCGUUCUACCGGCAGUCGUUGACGCUAACGCCAAAUUUAUAAUUAUUGAUGUCGGUGAUUAUGGUCGAAAUAGCGACGGAGGUAUUUUGAAGGAAUCCAACUUUGGAAAAUUACUUGAUAAAAAUAAAUUAAAUCUGCCAACUACACCAAGAAAAAUUCACGAAAAUUUAGAGGAAAAAUUUCCUUUUGUUUUUGUGGUAGACGAGGCAUAUCCUUUGAAAAUUAAUCUAAUGAGACCAUUUGCACGAAGACAGCUUAAUAAUAUGAAGAGAAUUUAUAAUUAUCGUCAAUCUCGCGCAAGGAGAAUCGUUGAAUGUGCAUUCGGUAUACUUACCAAACGAUUUAAUGUAUUUGAAAAUAAAAUGUUGGUUCAUCCCGAUAAAGCUGUUGUUAUAACGCAGGCUGCAUGUGUUCUUCAUAAUAUAAUUAUGGAUAAAGAAAGUAAUUUGACUGAUAUUCAUAGUGAAAUUGAAACAACUACUUUGCAAGUAUACCAGGAAGAUAGCAACCGACCCACAAAUCGUAGACCAUCACGAGAAGCUAUUGAGAUUCGUGAAAAAUUCAUGAGUUAUUUUAAUUCUGGAAUAGGAUCAGUUCCGUGGCAGAAUACAUAUAUUAUUUAA